CACUAUUGACAAUCGGUUAUCUCGUCUACACCGCACACGCUCGCAUGACUAUUCGAAAGUGCAAAAAGCUUAUUCUUAUAUACUGCGGCGAAUUGUUUCGGAAGUACUACUACCUGCCCAGGAAACUAUUGACAGAAAAAAAAGUAACAAAGAAUUAGGAUGACUUCUGAAGGGGACUCACAGAAUUGUAUUGAAUCCAAUGGUCUGAAGGCACAAGGCCCUAGAGUCCACAGUCACACCUCAAGACCUUAUGCUGCCCAGCCUGGUGAUCUCAUCAGCUAUAAAGAUGACCUCUAUGAUGAUCAUAUUAUUCAAUCACAAGUCCUCACUUCAGGACUUCACUCAGUUACACCAAUGAAUGAACUGAAGGAACCUGGUAUUUCAAUAGUUGAAACAUGCUUACCCAGUUCUUCAUCUGGCUUGAGCAAAUACUCCCUGCUGCUGAAACUGUUAAAGACUAAAGAGCAAAGGAGGAUGCCAAGUACAAAAAAUGCCCAGACUGUAAAAGAUGGAUGUAAAGGUCAUGGGUCUCAAGGUAUACACCAAAUGCACCUUGAUGAGCAGAUGGAAACCAAGAGAUAUGAGUUAUUUAAGGUGAGACAUGAAGAACAUAAUGACACGGGAACCAAUUACAUCCCAGAUUGCAUUGUAAGUAGUCACUCAAAUGUUACUGAAGAUGAGAAACAUGUGCUUUCAUCAGGAUUGGAGGAUGAUUGGUCAAGUGAUGAAGAAAUGCCAAAUUUAGGCUCUUACAAUGAAUCUCAGAGAGAAUUCUAUAACAAAAACAAUCUGAAUGAGGGUAAAUAUGAUAGUGGCUGUAAAAAUUCCAGUGUUGUGACUGGUAUGAUAUCAUGUAGAGCAAUCCAUCAGUCUGAUCCAUUUGGAAGAAUCCUGGAUAAGUUUGAUAUUUUCAGCUGUAGGAUUAAAAUUUCUGCGUAUGCCAAAACCAUAUCAGGAGACUUUGGAGAUGCUAGUGGAUCUCUGUCAGACUUGGAGAAAGGUCUCAUAGAUAUUAAGUCCAGCUUCUCUUAUUCAGAACUGAUGGAAAAGAUCUCCUCUUUCACCAAGUGUAUUGAAGAUGACAGUGGUCUUGCUUCAGUUUUUCUACUUCAUUUUACACAGUAUAUUAGCUCACAACUUGCACUAGAAAAUAACUUGAGAGAAAUGAGUGGGUUUGUUGAGUGCCUGAGACCAUGCAUAGAGGCUGCUAUAAAGGGACAUGUUCCACAGGAUGUAAUCAGUGACAUCAAAAAACAAAAUCUCAUCCAAAAUUUGUUACUCAGUGUAGCUGCAUUAUUCAAGGAGGAGACCAAAUACAAGGAAAGUUCCAUAAGAACAGUCAUGGAAUAUGGCAAAGGUGCAAACCCAGCAAAAGCACAAAUCAUUCGCAUGAGCACAGAAGACUCAAAAGCUGUAUUCCAGGAAACAUUUGCUGAUGUGGGCCCACACACAGAUCUCUACACUAUUUACUUUUGGUAUAUCAUCAAUAUCUGUAAGUUGGAAGUCAAGGAUGGUAAGCAGUCAGCCAUGAUAUCCAUGACCAAGGCUCUUGAGGCAUCGGGGAAGUUCAUAAAUACCCUUCCAACUUGUGAGCUCCAAUCGAGAAAGCCAGAACUUCCUUUAAUAAAUGGAAAGCAAAAGGUUCAGCAGCCAGAUGAGUGUAAAGUCAUGCAAACAAGUGAUGCAAGUGCCACUACUGCCCCUUCCUUCUCCACCUCUACCUGCUCAUCCGGUACUUCCUCCUCCAGUAGUCCUACCACAGCCAAUGAGUUCCGCAACCAGUGGGUGGACUUAAGGCUAGGACAACUGUAUGAGAAUGGAGUAGCUUUCCUGGUGAAUAUGGAAAACUGGCUGGAAAAGCUGCAAGAAAUCUCAAGAUCUGUGAAGAACCUUGAAGUAAAGAAACAAGUGCGGUUCUCUCCUUCUCUUGGUACUACUUUUGCUCUGUUUUUACAG